UCAUAGCUGUCGCAUGAGCACUACCGGUGAGCUCGGCUGAAUUAACACCCCCGCGAAUUCCAUACACCAGACCGGCAGAGGGUAUGCACGUUGGCCUGGCCACUUGCUAGCUUCAUAACAACAUUCCUUUCGCAUCGCAACAGCUCGAUUCGUAACCCACCCUGUACACUUCCCCGCCAAUUACGCCCGAGAACCAGUCACAAUGCCAUCCCAACGACGCAUGCGCCUCAGUGGCCUUCUCUUCAUCGUCGUUGUCAUAGUAAUUCUCUACAUGAGCAGCUCAGCCAGCCGGACACAGGGCUCGGAUUUCUACACCAGAACGCAAGAGGCCCUCCAAUCGAGGGAGUACGAAGCAGCUGCCAAACAACGCGAUGCAGAAGACGUCGGUUCCCGUUUGAAGGCGGCAGAAAACGCUGCUAAGCAGUCGGCGGAUAAAAAGAGCCAGAAAUACUUUGAGUCGGUCGAUGGCGCAGGCAAUGAGAAGAGCGUUGCUGGACGGGUCAAGCUAGGAGAACAGGCAGCAGACAGGAAGAACCCCCCAGGUGUUGCCAACGUUGGAGGCAGGCCUGCAGACAUACACGCUGCCAAGGAGGAUAAGGAUGAGACAAAAGAGCAGCACGAAGCCGAGGUCGAAUUGAAUGCUAUCCUGAAAAAGAGUCCAAUGAUCAUUUUCAGCAAAUCCUACUGUCCCUAUUCUAAAAAGGCAAAGAACAUUCUCCUCAAGAAAUACAAAAUCGUUCCUGAGCCUUUCGUGGUCGAGCUCGACGAACACCCUCUCGGCCACUAUCUUCAGCAAACGCUCGGCCAGACCACCGGCCGAACGACGGUUCCUAAUGUUCUACUCAUGGGCAAGAGUAUCGGUGGAGGUGACGACAUCGAAGAACUCCACAUUCACAACAAGCUCAUCGACAAAGUCAAAACUAUGGGUGGCAGCCGCAUAGUCGAGGUCGCACACCGAGACGGCCUGUCCAUGGAUUCCGACUCAAGGUCAGAGGUAAAACUCCGGGUUUGAGUGACAAACCAUACGUAGCUCCAGCAAUUCUCAUUCUAUUAUUUCGUUGUACAUAUUACCAAACGGAUCAUAAACGGCGUUGACAGGGUGGAAUGCCCUUGGGUCUGCGGACCGGGAUUUGGGAA